AAAAUACACAAUUCAAAAAAUUACCGAUUUUAGCAUGACGUUGUGUUAUUGCUACCGUCCUUCCCUCCAUUGGAUGCCAGUCAUCAUUGAGGCGUUUGGAAUCGUAUAUACUUAAUUUUAUGCAAAUAACCUCAGUGGCGGAGAUGUGUCAUGAAGAAUUAGUCGAAAUUACUAAAAGACUAACAGGAAAUUCUGAAGGCUAUUCAGUCUCUUUUUAGAGUGUAGAGAAGCAAAUUACACGUUUGUACACCUUUUAUCACGUCAUAGCAUGAUCUGCAUCACGUCAACACAGGUUAUGUACAUAUUUAUGUAAAUAUUUUUAGAAUCUUGUUAUGCAUGCAUUACAAUUGAGAUUUCUCAGGUAUUCUAACUAGUAGUGUGUACAUAAAUACAUACGUAAGAAGUUCCAAGUAUUUAUCUAGUAGUGAGUGCUUCUUAUACAUACAUACGUACAUGCAUACAUUUUUAAAAACUCAAAUAAAAUUAGCAGCAUUAAGUAUUCACAUCUCAUCCGAUUUGCUUGUUCCUUCCGACAGAAAUAUUCAAUACUUUGCUCAAAACUAUUUAAAAUAUUAUUUUCAGUAGUGCAAAGUGCAAGUAUUGAGAGAUUUUUAAAAUUUUAUCGAAAUACGCUCCUGAUUGUGAUCAUGAUUGGGUGUUGCUUCUGUGUUCCUCUUCGUCUCCUGCCGUAUGCUAUUGGGGGGCUUGGAAUUAUAACAUUUCUGUACGAGGUUUAUCAUAUGUUUCCACUUGUUAACCAAAUCAAAAAGCUAAACGAACUGCCGGCCGAUUCUGGACUCGAGUUUACAAUUCAUGGCUUGCAAAUCUCAGCCUCUUUAGUGGCCCUGAUUGCAAUUGUGACGCUGGUCUCGUCAAUUGUGCUGAUAAUUGCUGGAUAUCAGAAAAGCGUUACCAAAUGUAAAGCGUGGAUCGUGCUAACUUCCGUGUGCUGCGCGUUAAGAGUUAUUUUCAUUAUGGCGAUUGGAAUUACGACAUCGUCUGGAUCCUCUGGUUUCACAACGAGUUCAAUUUACGGAGUAAUUUUUAGCUACCUGAUCAAACUGGCGAUUCAGAUUUGGUUCAUUGUCUCGAUUCGAGGGUAUAUUGACAGCGUUCAGGAAGAAAAACGGUAUCAGGCUGAAGUGUCUCGUGUGCAAAAUAAAGUUUAAAUUUUGCAAAUAAAAUUGAUGGUGUUUUUUUAGAAA